UUUUUUCAUAAGAUAUUUCAAGACAAUUGUAAAUAAGUAUCUUCAGUAUGUAAGAUAGUCAUCAGAAAACGAAUCUUUAAAUUUUUCUAUUCAGUCUAGUAUAUAUUUAUUUGUUUAUUUUUAAAAAAUAAUUAUUAACUGAUAUAACAACAAUUAAAGUGAUGGUUACAAAUAAAAUAAUUAUAUAGUUUUCCUUUCCAAGUUAAAGACCUUAGAAACCCUGCACGCGCAUAGGAAAAAAAAACCCUAAAUAAAUAAAUACACCAGUUCAUCGUUAUUUUAUUAGAAGAACAACCAAAAAUCGUUUCUCUCGAAGGUGACUAUGGUGGCGACGAACGUGAAGGCGGAAACCAUGUCUCUCAUGGACAAGCGUAGCGCGCUGGAGGCGGAGAUGAACGCCGUCAUCGCUCGCCUCUCCCAGCCCGGAGCUCCUGGUGUGUCUGGUGGUCUCGUCGAUUCUGAGGGUUUUCCUCGUUCCGAUAUCGACAUCCCCGUUGUUCGAGCCGAACGACGUCGCCUUGCAGAGUUGCGCAAUGACCACAAGGAGAUAACUGAGAAAAUAAACAAAAAUAUUCAAAUUCUGCAUUCUGCAAGACUUGAAAGUAGGUCAUCGGUCUACAAGAAUCCAGGUACUGUUGAUGGUUCGGAUAGUCAGACCUCAUCAACUACAGACGCUGUUUCAUUGAUGACAUCACAAAAUGUCCUUAUGAGACAUUCCCCCAAUUCAAUGGAUGUGGAUGUGUUGAUUAGUAGACCCUUUGCAAUGGUAGACGAGAUAGCAGAUUCGUCUCCAGCAGUGGAGGAUGGUUUACAACUUGGAGAUCAAAUUCUUAAAUUUGGUGAUGUGGAAGCAGGUGAUAAUUUGCUCCAAAGGCUUUCUUCGGAGGCUCAGUCAAAUAUGGGUCGUGCAGUACCAGUUGUUAUUGUGAGGCAAGGCAUAGUGAUAAACUUAACUGUUACACCUAGAUCUUGGCAAGGCAGAGGACUACUGGGAUGUCAUUUUCGGAUCUUGUAGGUGUCAUACUUAUUCUUCUUAUGAUGGUGGUGACGGUUGUUUCUUUUCCCAUAUGGAUUUCUUUCCCUUAUCAUAUUUGUCUUGGCAAGACUAUCUAGUGUACAAUUAGUUAUGGUGCAUUUCUCUUACUCAAUACCUAGUUACACUUUUUUUUAUCAUCUUUCUUUUGGAUCCAAAUUAAUUUUAGAUCACCAUCAUACGCUUUUGCAACUGUCUCCUGACAGAAAA